GAGGCUUGAGGGUGGAGAAAAAAGGGAGGGGAGGAAAAAAGAGAGAGGGAGAGGUGUCGCUUUUCAUCGAGCGGCGUCUGCACAAUAAAGAAGGCGCAGAAAGUGUGCUGAAUUUCAGCUUGGAAAGAAAGAAAAAAGAAAAGACAGGUCUAUUCACAGCUCUUUGGAACUGACAAAGACUCGAGGCACUCGAAGCAAACAAAGGAGGAGCUCGUAGAGUCUCAGGGCAGGACGUGGUAGAAGCAGGGACGAAAAGAAAAGAAAGGAGGAGGAGAGAAGAGAGAAGAAAGUUUUCCCAGUAGAAGAGCAGAAUCGUAGCCGGUCUGUCUGGGCUGGACUGGAUGAAAGCAGGCGUCUGGACGCUCGGUUAGAUGCGAUCACCUUCACCAUGCGGAGUGACCCCGUUCUGUUCGCCUCCAGGGCAAUGGAGGAGCUGGUGGCGGAGCUGCGGGUCUUCUUGGAGCUGUUGGACCGAGAGUAUUUGAGCGCAGCGGUGAGAGAGAAGAAACUUCAGAUCUCCAACAUCCUGCACAGAGUCCUGUCUGCUAAAGAAUCGUCCUAUAAGGCCGAGGUCCACAGCUCACUUCCUGCCCCGCCUCAGAUGCCCCUCCCAGAGAUCCCACAUCCAUGGCUGCCUCCUGAUAACGGACCACCUCCUUUGCCCAGUUCAUCUCUUCCUGAGGGUUACUACGAGGAAGCCGUGCCUCUGGGUCCCGGGAAAGCUCCAGAAUACAUCACCUCCCAGUAUGAUUCAGACGCCAUGAGCAGCUCGUACGAGUCAUACGAUGAGGAAGAGGAGGAUGGCAAGGGACAGAAGAUGCGGCAUCAGUGGCCCUCGGAGGAGGCGUCUAUGGACUUGGUGAAGGACGCUCGCAUCUGCGCUUUCCUCCUGCGCAAGAAACGCUUCGGACAGUGGACCAAACUGCUCUGCGUCAUCAAGGACAAUAAACUCCUCUGCUAUAAGUCAUCUAAAGACCAGACUCCUCAGAUGGAGCUCCUCCUGUCCGGCUGCAGCGUCACUCACAUCCCCAAAGACAGCAAGAAGAAGAAGCACGAGCUGAAGAUCGUCCACCAGGGGGCCGACGCUCUGGUGCUCGCCGUGCACAGCAAAGAGCAGGCCGAGGAGUGGCUCAAGGUGAUGAGAGAGGUGUGUGCUAACGGGAAUGGAGCAGUGGACUCUGACGGAGCCUCUUCCGUUAACAAAGCCGACCUGGAAAAGAAGUUGUCCUGUGACAGACCAAGUUCUGAUGGAGAGCCCAGUCAUGAAAACGGCAUCUCAGAUGGAAAAGAUCCAGGUAAAGGAAAGAAGAACUCGAAGUCUGAACAGAAAGGCACAGUGGGGAAGGUGGCAGGGAAGAAAAUCACUAAGAUCAUCAGCCUGGGGAAGAAGAAGCCAUCCACGGACGAACAGACGUCAUCGGCGGAGGAGGACGUCCCGACCAGCGGCUAUCUGAACGUGCUGUCCAACAACCGCUGGAGAGAGAGAUGGUGUCGGCUGAAGGAUAACCAGCUGUUGCUGCAUAAGGACCGGGAGGAUCUGAAGACGCACAUGGCCUCGCUGCCCCUGCGUGGGUGUGAGGUCAUCCCCGGGCUCGACUCCAAACACCCGUUUGCUUUUAGGCUGCUGAGGAACGGGCAGGAAGUGGCUGUGCUGGAGGCCUCGUCCUCUGAGAGUAUGGGUCGAUGGUUGGGGGUGUUACUGGCAGAGACGGGCUCUACGACAGACCCUGCCACUCUGCACUACGACUACAUAGAUGUGGAGACCACCGCCAACGUCAUUCAGCUGGCCAAGCAGUCCUUCUGUUUCACCAGUAAGCGUGCCAUUUCUCCCAAUCCGUACCUGGAUAACCCACUGAACGGUUACGCCCGGCCCUCAGGUGUGGCUCUGCACUAUGAUGACGUUCCCUGCAUUAACGGAUCGGUAUGGUUUCACACACAUAAGGACCCACAGCUCGGUUCUCUCGAGGCUCACUAUGAGAACGAUGAGCUCUAUGAGAACAUGCCUUCCCCCAAACCAGAGACUCGCUCCUCGUCCAAAAUGAUCUGGCCUCCAGCUUCCUCUGGCCAUUACAAAACGCCCGUCUCUUCUUCCUCAGCUUCCUCUUCCUCCGCUGCUAACACUACUACCUCUCAGAUGAAGGGAAAGAAAGCCACGAUUGUCAACGGUUUAGCUGCCAAACAGAAGCUGGACAAGAACCAAGCCAAAAAGACCAACGGAACCAAUGGCUCUGCGCCGGUGAAACGCAACAAUUCAAGCGUGGAUCAGUAUAAAUACGGGAAGAACCGAGUGGAAGCGGACGCUAAGAGACUCCAGAACAAAGAAGAAGAGCUGAUGAAAAGAAAGCAGGAGAUCCGUAACCGUCUCACUCAGCUGAAGAAAGACAGGAGAGACCUGCGCACCGCCAUCGAGAACAGCACCGGUAAGCGCUCUCAGGCCUCGCUGACGGAGCGGCUGAAGAAAGUGGAGGACGAGUGUAAACUGAAAGAGGAGGAGCGAGUGAACUUGGAGCUGGAGCUGACGGAAGUGAAGGAGAGUCUGAAGAAGGCUCUGAGUGGAGGAGUCACUCUCGGACUGACCAUCGAACCCAAGACCAGCAGCUCCAGUCCACAGUCUCCGGUGCUGGUCAGGCGUACGGUUGAUAACUCGCCCAUCUCCAGCUGUGACACCAGCGACACCGAGACCUGCUCACUGCCAGUCAACAGCGCCUCCUUACUGCGACGCCAAGUACCGCAGAAAAACCCUCCAGUGCGGGGCCAUGUGCUCAGGAAGGCCAAGGAAUGGGAGAUGAAGUCCGGCACGUAAACGCUCGCUUUCAGCUUCUUUAUUAUGAUCGUUAUUAUUAUUAUUAUUAUUAUUAUUUUUGUUUUCCUGUUUGUAUUUAUUUAAAUUUGCAUACCGGAGUGAUCGAAAGCGCGUCGACCGAAGCCGAGACGCAUCACGACGCAGAAAACAUCCGACUGUGAGAACAGGACCGGUCCCGGGAGCUGGCGUGUACAUUAUACCGUUAAAGCGUCAUGUGGCGUAAACCUUUCUGUUUCGGGGUUUAUUUCCUGUCCCAUCGGCGCGGCCAGUUCAGCCGUCGAUAACGUCGAGCUUCUCGGCUCUGCCAGAAACCGCCAUCCGACGUUUUUAAGGGGAAGAAGAGGAAAGAAAAAGAAAAACACUUUGAAAGUAUUUAUUUGUAAAUGUUUAAAUGCAAGCCUUGCUCUAUGUGUUUGUGUUUAUAUUUAAAGCUUUAUACAGCGUUUUAUUUGGCCUCAUGCCAGGUCCCGACUUUUGUUUUCAUUUUUUUGCUUUGCUAUUGAGGGCUGUUAUUAUAUAUAUAUAUAUAUAUAUAUAUAUAUAUAUAUAUAUAUAUAUAUAUAUAAAUGCCAAGGAAAAUCUGAGCUUUGUGCUCAUUGUUUAAUUUCAGCACAUGUAAUAGGAACGCUGAAGAGGACAGUGUAGUAGAGGCGAGGCAGGGCGAGGCACUUUCUGUAAAAACAGCUUGCUUGGAGGGAUCUUAAAAACCUUCUACAUUUAAAGGAGCCGUCUGUAAUCGCUAAACCUCGUUUUAAAGCCUGCAAAUGUUAAAACUGCGGUUAACACCUGAGUAAAGAGCAGUCCCUCCAGGAUUUCGCCAUUUCUCGGUCGCGGAAAUGAACGCGAAACUCCGUAAUAUUCGAGAGGAGCGUGCGAUCUGUCAAAACCGCCGCAGAUUUCCCGCAGAUUCGGGAUGAGACGCGUCAGGUGACGCCAUCACGACACGCGUUCAGCCGAAGCCCUGUUCGAUUCGCGCGCGUCGAACGCGAGUACAGCUAAAAGGGUCUCGUUCAACAACACGCGAAGACAUCGCUGCGAAAGGGCGCGCGGAACGAUUCCGUGCGAUCGGUCGCCAUUCCGCACACUCGAGCGGUUCUCCGCAGAAAAAGCACAAAAAUCUCCGCAGAUUCCGCAUCGCAAUUUUCUUUUUAAAAAGCCGCAGCAGAAUCAAGCAUUUUUAAAAUUAUUUUUUAUUUUUAUAAUUACGCUUAGAUCAUGCACCGUACACGUCGCUGUGUAAGUUGUCACCAUGGAAACGAUAACGUAUUAGAACGAGCGCGUUACACGUGAACGUAAACCUUCCGAGCUGCCGUUACAGAAAAUCAACCGACGCCUUCAGACCAAUCGCAAUCCAGAAUUCAGCAGCGCUGUGGUUUAAUGUCUGAUCUCUGACCCUGUGUGGCGGCGUGACAGACGUGGGGGCGGUGCUAAAACGUUCGUCACGAGGUCAUAUCGAGGUUUCUUGAGGUAUGUUCUUUAAAGAAGUAUAUAGACAGCUUUAAACGCUAUAAAAACACCGCGUGUGAUCCCGAUGUCAGAAAAACGUGUCCCUGCUUCGUCUACAAGUUUCUUCUGCUCACGUCGUCGCCAUGGAGAUUAGCGUUACGACGGCUGUCCUCCGUGCUACAGCUGCAUGGUUUGAUCAGACCUGUGUUAUGUUUCGUUUCACUGGUGCUUUCGAGUCAUCGCUUAAAUCUGGUGAGAUUAACAGAGUAACACUCGGUGCUUCGUAUAGAAAGAAGAAAUAAGCGACUUUUAGAGACUACUGCCAGCGUACUCACACUCCAGGCACAUUUAUUAUUAUUAUUAUUAUUAUUAUUUUCCAAACUCACCUGGUUUCUUGUGUGCUUCUCUUGCGAUUUUUUUAUUUAACAAACACACAUUUUAAUCAAAUGUAAAUAUACUCUCAUUUGGGGUUUUUCACUGAUGUCAGUCCCGUGAGUCUGCAGUCCGCCCGUGUGAGGGGAAAGAGUCCGUACUCUCGUAGGAGUAAUACUCGAGUGACGUUUCUCUCAGCCUCACCGGCGAGUAAACGUGUUCCGUCUUCCUGAAACGUCUUCGAUACGAGUAGAGCGUCGGUCUGUCUGUCUGUCUGUCUGUCUGUCUGUCUGUCCCUCGCACACAAUAAGAGACCAGCGAUGUCAUAAAUGUGAACCGUAAUAAGUAUUGUUGGGGAGUGGGAAGGGUCAGAGGUCAAGGUUUCGGGGUUCAGGGGUGGGUGGAGGGUUUUAGGGUUUAAAAAAUAAAAAAUAAAAAAAAAAGCAACUUUGUUUUUUGCACCUUAAAGACUUUUUCUACUUUGUUGUUACUUUGCUUACUGACUGUUGCUGACUCGGCGACAAAACCGCUGUACACAGAAAUAAAUACUGCAUUCAAGCUUGA